AUGAAUAAUGGUUCCUGGAUCCGUUAUGAUAAGGCCGGAUUCGACGUCGUGUGUCCGGACUGUACCACCGCCCCAUGCCCUAUCUUCGUAGCAGCCGAUGGUAUCAUUCAGUUCCGAGUCUUCCUCUCCUUCGUCUCUUCUCUUCAGCCUCUUGGAUUACCUCUCAAUAUGAGCUGGAAAAUCGCCUUCCUGUUCCUCGUGGCCGUUAUGGCAGCCGUAACCGUCGCAGCUCCAGCACCCUUAGCCCUUGCUCAACCGAAGGGCGGCUUCGGACACGGAUUCCAGUUUUCACGAUUCGGACACGGCUUCGGCGGACACGGCUUCGGCCAUGGAUUUGGCCAUGGAUUUGGACACCGCGGUUUCGGACACGGUUUCGGCCAUGGAUUCGGUCGCGGAUUCGGACACGGAUUCGGACACGGUGGAUUCGGCGGUUUCGGACACGGCGGUUUCGGUGGUUUCGGCGGUGGAUACGGAUGGUGAGGAAAACCAGCUCUUUCGUCUCGAAGUUCCCCUACAUUUCUUUCCUUUCUUACUUCAAAGUCCUAUCAGCGAUGCCAGCCUCAGUCGGCUCUAAUGAAUAAAUAUAUAUAUAUAUAUAUAUAUAUAUAUAUAUAUAUAUAUAUAUAUAUAUAUAUAUAUCCUAUAGUUUAUAGCUUUGAAUAUACUAAGUGUACAAACGAUUCUGAGUCAAAUAUAUUUUUGAAGAGUUAUAUCAUUUCGAUGUUCUAUUUGUUGUGAGGGCAGAAUGUUUUUAUUGUGAAGUUCAUUGUCAUGUUUAUGUCUCGCAUUUCUUGUGCAUCUGGUGGAUACAUAAGAGAUAAAUAUGGAACACAUAUUGGUUGUUUACGAGUGUUUGUGCGUACAAUAAAUGUCCUAAAGAUA